AGGGACAGUUUCAGGAUGGGGUCCCCUGUGAUGUGCUGUCUAGCGCUAUUGACGCUGAUAGUUGCAGUGAAUGCACGAUAUAAUGCAGUCCUUCCUGACAAUUCGAAAGAUCAAGAAACACCACUGGCAGAUCCUGCGACGUGCAGGGGCUGUGGUUCAGAGAUCGCCACAGGCGCGAACGCCGGCGCCACCGCCGUCCACCAAGUGGUACGGCCGACCACUCGCCCUCACCUGCAGAAACGGGACGGCCGUCCUCUCCGACACUCACUGGACGGGCGCUCGCAGCGGCUGGAGGAGCCGUCGGCAGAACCGGCGGUCCCACCGAACCCGACGGAAGACGGGGACGCAACGGCCAGACAGCACGUUUCGUUGCAAGAGAGGACAAACGUCAUGUUAAAACUGAUGGAUGUUCUUCGAAGAAUGACUGAGGAGAUCCAAUUGGAAACCACAGCGGUCCCACCGUCAGCGGCAGAGGCUUCUUCCGAACCCCGUGGUGUUCCCUUCUCCGUUUUCAAUUCCUCCAUCCCCACCUCCACUUCUCCUCCAUCGCCCGCUGACCGCAACCGCGUGACGGAGGAGCUGGCAACGGAGGAGUCGGAGCGCGAGAAGCAACGAGUGGAGCUCCGCAUCAAAGCGGCGAAGGCGAGGAUGGAGAAAUCGCGCGAGGACCCUUCCCUCAUGGGGGAAUAUUUGUGUAAGGCGUCGUUCAACGGCGACAAAGACCACGUCCGCCACCUUUUGGACAACGGAACCGAUGUAAACUACACUAACACCUACGGAUACACUCCUUUGAUAUUAGCCUUCCACAGCGUCCCUUUGACAACAGUCAUUUUACCCUCAAAUCACGGAGGUAGUUGUAAUUCAGACGUGGCGGAACUGCUGCUGGAAAGGGGAGCGGAUGUGAACGGCAUUGGUGUGGACGGGAUCUCCGCGUUACACGCCGCGGCUUUCUUCGAUGCGAGCGGCUUCUGCGCGGGCCUGCUCCUCCGACGAGGGGCCGACGUGGACGCCAGAGACAAGGACGGAGUGACGCCUCUGCACAUAGCCGCUGACAGAGACGCCAUCUUGGUCGUGCGGGCGCUGUUGGCCGCCGGCGCGAGGAAGAACCUCAGCGGCUGGAGCGGAGACUGGAAGGGAAUUACGCCGUUUGUCAUCGCAAAAUCCGACGACGUCCGAGACCUCCUUCAUCCGUGAUUCCGUUGCCUCCCUUGAAGUUUCUUCCAUGCAAGGUCAACGUUUUUGUUUCUUUGGCUCUUCUGCUCAUGGGGGUCAACCAAUGUAUGGGUGAAUUCAGUGACUCUUUCAGGACAGGUACUUGUGGAUGAUCUGGUGAAUACGUACUCCCAAAUCUAGAGCUUAAUUUUUUUGUUUCGAUAUUACUUCCUCGUUCAUUUUCUACAUCAUGAAAUUCCCAUCUACUUUGUUUAAUUGAAGUAAAAUAAUUUUAGGCUUUCAUUUUUAAAUCUAAUUUACUAAAGAAUAUUACAUAUUCUAAUCAAAACACUUCUUAUGUAUCGGUUUAUCUAGGGAGAAGAGGUAAUGAUAGGUUUUAUUCUCCCUUCUACAAUUAUAAAAAUUCACAUCCUUCUCUGUAGAUCACUGCGUGAUCCGCGCCUGGACAAUAUGGGGGGUCUAGUUUCAAAAUGAGACUUUUCCAUUCUAACCUGUUUUGAGAAAAACAAGAAAAUGUCAUAUAAUUUAUUUAAAACGUUCUGCUGCCAUAUGUUUGGGAUUAAUGCCCUUCGCUAGUGAAAGUAAAAACAAUAUUAGAAGAUAAUUCAAGAAUAUCUAUUCAUCAAGAAGAAAGUUGAGCUAAAAAUGUGAAAGUGUCUUCUUUUGUAAUCCAAUCGAUUUUUUUUUGUAUUUU